GGUGCGUGCGCGCAGUGAUUGGUGACUCCCGAGCCGAGCCGAGCGCGGCUGCAGCCCCGGGGAUUGGGCGGGCUCUGGGCUCCCAUCGAGACCUCCUGAGCCAAUGGAAAGCAUUUCCUAUUGAGCCCCCCAAGUGCUCCCUUGCCCCUCUGCUUCUUCCCCAGACAUUGGGCCCUUUCUUGUGUCCUGUUUGCUAAAGGCAUGCCGGCUCUGGCAUUCCGGAGCCUCAGUGCCUAAACAAAGGCUGGGCGAGCAAUGUCCCCCCGCCCCCGCCCCUGCUGCUGCCCGCCCGCUCCGAGGAUGAGCGCUCGGCAGUGAGGAGCUGGGACAGACCCGGCUUGGGCUGCGUUCCCUUUACGCCGGAGGACAUGCAGAAAGGCAUGCACUUUGAAAGAGCCUACCAUUGUAGCCAGCAGGGCACUGGGUCUUGCUAGCUGUCUGCUGCCAUGACCGUACUUUCUCACUCGGGAUUCUCUAGUGCCAAGAACUGUUAGAGCCUUCAGUCAAGGCCAGACUGCCAAUACAGUCCCAGCUAUCAGAGGAACAGAUUUGGAGGACCUGCCUGCACGCCCUACACUUCCGGAGCAAAGACCUCAGAGGGGUCCCAAAGUCCUGCUGGGUAGAAAAAUAUCUUUCUGCAAUAUUCAGGUCCCAGAGAAGUUACCUCUUUGAUAGGCAGGUGUUCCAAGUGGCACUUGGCCCCCUCUCACCUCCCCCCAGACUUCCCGACCAGUGUAUGGACACCACAGAAUUCCAUUGCAGCAGCUUCCAGAAGCCCAGCCUGAAAUUGGAAUGGGAAACUCCAGCACCAACCAGACAUGUUUCACAGAUGACUCUUUUAAGUACAAUCUGAAUGGCGCAGUUUACAGUGUCGUGUUCAUCCUUGGCCUGAUAACAAACUGUGCGUCCCUCUUUGUCUUCUGCUGUCGGAUGAAGAUGAGAAGCGAGACUGCCAUUUUCAUCACCAACCUGGCCCUCUCUGAUUUGCUCUUUGUUUUCACCUUGCCUUUUAAGAUUUUUUACAACUUUAACAGACACUGGCCUUUUGGCGACACCCUCUGCAAGAUUUCUGGGACUGCGUUUCUCACCAAUAUCUAUGGAAGCAUGCUUUUCCUCACCUGCAUCAGUGUCGACCGAUUCCUUGCUAUUGUCUAUCCCUUCCGUUCUCGUACCAUCCGGACAAGAAGAAACUCGGCCAUCGUGUGUGCAGUGUGGAUACUGGUCCUCAGCGGGGGGAUCUCCGCCUCGCUGUUCUCCACAACCAACGUCUCCAACUCCACAACAACCUGCUUUGAGGGCUUUUCCAAGCGCAUCUGGAAGACCUAUCUGUCCAAGAUUACGAUAUUUAUAGAAGUGGUAGGCUUCAUCAUUCCUUUGCUCCUGAACCUCACAUGCUCUUCCUUGGUACUGCGAACCCUGCGAAAACCUGCAACACUGUCCCAGAUUGGAACCAACAAAGAGAAAGUGCUGAAGAUGAUCAUUGUGCACGUGGCCAUUUUCAUCGUCUGUUUUGUGCCGUACAACUCUAUUCUCUUCCUCUAUGCUCUGGUCCGCUCCCAAGCCAUAACCAACUGCUCCCUGGAGAGGUUUGCCAAAACGAUGUACCCCAUUACAUUGUGCAUUGCAACACUCAAUUGCUGCUUUGACCCGUUCAUCUAUUACUUCACAUUGGAGUCCUUUCAGAAGUCUCUUUAUAUCAACACCCAGAUCAAAAUGGAGUCGCUUUUCAAGACUGAAACCCCACUGACGGCAAAGACUUCUCUUCCGGCGAUUCAGGAGGAGCUCAGUGACCAGGCGAUGACUAAUGGGGGAGAACUCAUGUUGGAAUCCAACCUCUAACCGUGCUACAGAUCUCACAUUCAUUCCAUAUCAUACGACAGCUUCCCAAUGAUGAGACCCUGAGCAACAGCUUUGAGUCUAAUAUCACAGAAACCAGAGACACGAUGCCUGCCUCCAGGAGGACCCGGAUUCUUGUAGUAACACAUACCACUUUUUUCCAAUACCGACAGGUCUAAUGCUGUUCUAACAUCCCAAGGGAGUACUGGA